AUGCUCGUCCUCACAGGCACAACAGGCCAUCUUGGCUCGCGGGUGCUCGAGGCAAUUCUCCGCCUCCAACUGAUCCCAGCGUCCGAACUCAUCAUCUCCUCCAGCAACCCCAGCCAAGUAUCGUCGGCGGCCCGGGACGCCGGGAUAGAGAUUCGCCAUGGCGACUUCACGUCUCCCGAGUCACUAGCCACGUCGUUCCAGGGCGCCGAUGCUUUGUUUUUGGUGUCGUUCCCCUCGCCCAGCGUGGAGCGCUGGCUACACCACCGAUCGGCCAUCGACGCGGCCCAAGCGGUUGGGAUCAAGACGAUCAUCUACACGGGGCUCAUGUUCGGCGGGGAAACGGGCAUGCAGAGCGAGGCGGGCGUGCAGAAAGCGCACAUCAAGACGGUCGACUACCUGAGACAGUCACAGCAGAGCGGGCGACUACAGUACGUGGUGGUACGCGAAGGGAUCUACGCCGAGAGCUGGUGGUUGUAUGCCGGGUACCAGCCGCGGAAAUAUCGGAGGGGCGAUUCCAGCGAGAUCCGCUUCGUCAUCCCCAACGACGGGCCGGUCGCGUGGGUGUCGUGGGACGACCUGGGCGAGGCGACGGCCAGGAUCCUGCAGCAGUAUCCGAGAUAUCUCGGGCAGACGCUCAACUUAACGGGGCCCAGGACGGCUACGUUGACGGACGUUGCGAAGUUGGUGGAGCGGUAUACGGGGCGAAAGGUCACGGUCGAGAUUGUGGGCAGAGACGAGGCGGAGAGGUAUCAUAAAUAUGAGAAGAAGAGUUUGCCGGAAGACAGUUUCUGGGCCAUUGAGAGUUGGGCGGGUUGGCAUGAUGCCAUUGCGAAGGGUGAGACGGCCACGGUUGAUCCGUUGAUAGGCGAGAUGUUGGGGAGACAGCCGAGAGGGAUGGAGGAGAUGGCAGAGACGUUGUUCACACCAGAGUAG